CGCUGGGGAAGAUGGCGCUGCGCCUCCAGAGCCUGGCAGAACUAGAAGUACUGUGUAACCACCUGUAUGAAGGAACUGACGUAGCACAGCGAAUGCAAGCUGAGAAGGUACUCUUGGAGCUGAUUGAGAGCCCAGAAUGUCUUAGCCAAUGCCAGCUUCUGUUAGAGCAAGGAGCAACAUCCUAUGCCCAGCUUCUGUCAGCAACGUGCCUGUCUAAGCUUGUGAGCAGGGCAUCUCCCUUGCCUGUUGAACAAAGGAUUGACAUUCGAAAUUACAUCCUGAAUUAUGUAGCAUCUCAACCCAAACUGGCUCCUUUUGUCAUCCAAGCUCUCAUUCAAGUCAUUGCUAAAAUUACAAAAUCAGGCUGGUUUGAGGUACUAAAAGAUCAGCUCAUCUUCAGAGACAUUAUUGCUGAUGUGAAAACAUUUUUACAGGGUACUGUGGACCAUUGUAUAAUAGGAAUAAUGAUUCUCUCAGAACUGACUCAGGAAAUGAAUCUAGUUGAUUGUUCAAGAUCUUCAGCAAAACAUCGUAAAGUAGCUACCUCAUUCCGUGACACCUCCCUAAAGGAGAUACUGAUGCUUGCAUGCUCCCUUUUGAAGGAGCUCUUGGCAAAACCUUUAACCCUUCAGGACCAACAGCAACAAAGACUAGCAAUGCAACUUCUGAAGCUUGUACUAAAUUGUCUUAACUUUGAUUUCAUUGGGAAUUCAGCCGAUGAAUCUGCAGAUGACCUGUGCAUCGUGCAGAUUCCAACAAACUGGAGAACAAUCUUCCUGGAGCCAGAGACCUUGGACCUAUUUUUUGAUUUGUAUCAUUCCCUUCCACCAAUGCUGUCUCAGUUAGCACUUUCUUGUUUAGUUCAGUUUGCUUCUACAAGGAGAUCUUUAUUUAACAAUCCAGAACGUGCCAAGUAUCUUGGUAAUCUGAUCAAAGGAGUGAAACAAAUACUUGAAAAUCCACAGGGUUUAUCAGAUCCGGGUAAUUACCAUGAGUUCUGUCGUUUUCUGGCUCGCCUAAAGACAAAUUAUCAACUAGGAGAGCUUGUAAUGCUGAAAGAUUACCCAGAAGUCAUCCAACUUAUGGCAAAUUUUACUAUUACUAGCCUACAGCACUGGCAGUUUGCUCCAAAUAGUGUUCAUUACUUGCUAACUCUGUGGCAAAGAAUGGUAGCAUCUGUACCUUUCGUGAAAACGGCAGAACCCCACCUCUUAGAUACAUAUGCACCUGAGAUAACAAAAGCUUAUAUUACUUCUAGACUGGAAUGUGUUCCUGCAGUUAUAAGAGAUGGCUUAGAAGAUCCACUGGAUGAUUCAGCUACAGUUUUCCUACAGCUGGAGCAACUGUGCACAGUUAGCAGGUGUGAAUACGAAAAGACCUGUAUGCUUCUUGUACAGUUGUUUGACCAAAAUGCACAAAACUACCAAAAACUAUUGAAUUCUCCUAGUAGGAACCCAUUAGAAAUCACAGUUCAGGAAGGACGUCUGGCAUGGCUUGUCUAUUUUGUGGGUACUUGUGUGGGAGGACGAUUAACAUACACCAGUACUGAUGAACAUGAUGCCAUGGAUGGAGAAUUAUCCUGUCGAGUUUUCCAGCUGAUGUCUUUGAUGGAUGCCCAGUUACCACAGUCUACUAAUGAAAAAGUAGAACUGGCAAUUCUGUGGUUCUUGGAUCAGUUCUGGAUAACAUACAUGGGAGAGCAGCUCCAGCACACCUCAAAGGUGUAUGCCCGAAUGUCAGAAGUCUUGGGAAUAACAGAUGCCAACCGCCUUCUGGAAACAUUUAUGACAAAAAUUGUUACAAAUCUUAAAUACCAAGGAAGAUGUGAGCCUGUGAUUUCCAGAACUCUCCAGCUUCUAAAUGACCUUUCUGUUGGUUACAGUCUCCUCAAAAGGCUGGUGAAAACAGAGGCUGUGAAAUUCAUGCUUCAGAAUCACACGAGUAAGCACUUCCCUUUCUUGGGAGUCAGCGAUAAUUACCGCCUCAGUGACCUCAGGUGCAGGACGGUGUUCUACUCUGCCCUCACUCGUCUUCUCAUGGUAGAUUUAGGUGAAGACGAGGAUGAGUUUGAGAAUUUCAUGCUUCCCCUCACAGUUUCAUUUGAAAGUGUGACCCAGAUGCUUAACAGUAGUUUUGAACAAGAAGAAGCAAAGCGUAUGUUGAUCGGGCUGGCAAGGGAUCUUCGAGGGAUUGCCUUUGCACUGAACACAAAGACCAGCUACACCAUGCUGUUUGACUGGAUAUACCCUGCUUACAUUUCUGUUCUGCAAAGAGCUAUUGAACUGUGGUAUCGUGAACCUGCUUGUACAACCCCUAUCUUGAAGCUGAUGGCAGAAUUCAUGCAAAACAGAUCCCAACGUUUAAAUUUUGAUGUAUCAUCUCCAAAUGGAAUUCUUCUCUUCAGAGAAGCUAGUAAAAUGAUUUGUACAUAUGGUAAUCAGAUCCUCUCUCUUGGGACUUUGUCAAAAGAUCAGGUUUAUCCGUUGCAACUCAAGGGCAUUUCCAUCUGUUACUCUGCACUCAAAUCUGCCUUAUGUGGAAAUUAUGUCAGCUUUGGCGUCUUCAAGUUGUACGGGGACAACCACUUUGACAAUGUACUUCAGGCCUUUGUCAAAAUGCUGCUUUCAGUAUCCCACAGUGACUUGCUACAAUAUCGAAAACUAAGCCAGUCUUACUACCCACUUUUGGAGUGUCUGACCCAAGGUCAUAUGAGUUUUAUUACCAGUUUAGAACCUCGUGUCUUAAUCUAUAUUCUUACCUCAAUAUCCGAAGGACUUACUGCAGUAGAUACAGUUGUCUCCUUCAGCUGUUGUGCUAGUUUAGACUACAUUGUCACCUACCUCUUCAAGCACCUCGCUAAAGAAGGCAAGAAGACUCUAAGAAAUAGAGAUGUUUCACUGGAUGGACAAAGAUUGCUUCAUUUCAUGCAGCACAACCCAGAAAUUCUCCAGCAGAUGAUGUCAAUCCUCAUGAACACCAUCAUUUUUGAAGACUGCAGAAACCAAUGGUCUGUAUCCAGGCCACUGCUUGGACUUAUCCUUCUCAAUGAGAAAUACUUCAGUGAGCUAAGGACAACCUUGAUAACCAGCCAGCCUGUCAACAAACAUGAAGUCCUUCACCAGUGCUUCAGGAAUCUUAUGGAAGGAGUGGAGCAAAACCUUUUGAUAAAGAACAGAGACAGGUUCACUCAGAACAUGUCAGUCUUCCGAAGGGACGUGACUGAAGCUCUGCGCAGCGAAGGAACCUCGGACCCCAGCACUUCGGAUAUGAUGAGUUGACAAUGACUUUGGAAACAGAGCACAUUGCUAGCAAACCAACUCUGAAAGUUUUGGGACCCUGUUAUAUUGUUAGAUAGAUAUUUUUUCUGACCCUUGUGAGAGCUAUUUUUUUAAGAUCUCUUCUGGUUUUUUAUCUCACUGGCCUGAUGUGAGGGUUUAUAACACCAAACCCAAUGGGAAAUCGCCCUUCGUUUGAAGAACAUUUUGAGCCUUUCUUAUCAAAAUGUAUUACCCUGUUAUUUGAUCUUUAUGAAACAGUGUA